AUGCAACAAGCUGGACCUCCAAGCGAACAGCUUGAUGUGUGGGAAAGGCUUGCCGUCCUCGUAUUGCUGAGAAGCAGAAUUGAUGUUCGCGUCGCUCAUGAAAGUCCGAACAUCGUGGAGGAUGUCUGCCUCAAUGUAGAGCGAGAUGUACUCCACCGUGUGCCGUAUGAAUUGAAACACCAUAGCGACUAG